GCAACCUUCGGACCGGAAGACAGCCGGACCGUCACCAGAUUCACCACCACCCAUCCGCGGCGGGAAGGCCCCCAAAUUUGGAUCAUUUUAAAACCGCCCCGCCCCCAAAUUUACCACCUACCAAACGAGCGACGCAGAUCCCGGCUCGGUUUCGUCUAUUUCUUCCUUCCUUCCCUCCACUCCGCCCCCUGCUCCCGCCACCGUACGCGUCUCCUCCAUGGAGUCAUCCGCCGCGGGAGGCGAUCCCCGUCCCCUGCCGUCGGCGUCCGGCGGGGCCUCGCCUCCGGCUGCUCCCCCUCCGCCGCCGAGGGGGUGGAUCGCGGGCCUCGUCUCCGGCGCCGGCCGGCUCCUUGCCGCCGUGCUCGGCCCCGAGUCCUCCGGCUCCACCGCGGGCGUGUCGGGCGGGGACUCGCCGUCUGCGUCGUGCUCGCCGGUCUCGCCCCGGCCUCCUGGCCCUCGUGGCGAGGGUUACAAUUACGAUCAUGGUGAUUCCCCAAUCUUUCCCCUGAAAAAUAAUCAGUUAAACCAGGGUGAAAAGGAGACAGAUCUGAAAGACUAUGCUGGAUCCCUAGCAAUUGUCUCAGAGAUUGAGCCAAAGGAUGCCAUAAUGCAAUUGCUUAUGCAGGAGACUUAUUCAAGGUCUGAGUACAGCAAGUUCAUAAAGAUAAUUCAAGAACGAGUUUUGGACUCAGAUUCAGGUGACGUUGAUGUUGGCGGGUUUGCUCUUCCAAGUGCUCGGAAGGCUGGUAGACAAGCAGUUGAUGGGUAUUCUUCAUUUAGUCCAAAUGAAUCCUCACCUGCAACUUCAAGUCUUCUGAUCCAUGGCCAUGGUUUUGAUAAUAGUGCUGCUGCGGGCACAAUUCCAAAAUUAACCCAUACCAACGAAAGCCCUUCCAUCCACAAUGCUAACAACAUUCAGCCUGUUCUCAAACGAAAUUACUCUGUUAGAGAGGAUGCUUAUGAGGAGGUUCGAAGAGUCAGGCCAAAGAUCAAUGGAAAUCCAUUGAACAUUUCAAAAUUCAAGCAAGUUGGUAUUAUUCGAAAUCAUCCAGCUGCAAAUUCACGUGAAGAGCUCACUGCCAAGAAUCUGAAUGCUUCCAUAAAUGAAAAUAAACUAUCACCAGAUGUUCUCGGAGCCAAUAAUUUAACAUAUCCUAACAUCAUUUCAAAAGUUGAAAGUGCUGAUGAAAUACUAGAUGGCCCCAAUAAACCUUCAACUGUACCUCCACAGCCAUUUGAUUCCAGUUCCCCGCAAGCUGGUAGAGACAGAAAAAAUUAUGACACUACAAUACUUAAUCGGUGCUCUAGUCAGGACCUGAAGAAAGGCUUUCCUUUGAAGGUGGAACCUGUGAAUGUUUUUAUUCCUUUCGAGCAGCAGAUGAUGGACUUAUCACACCAGAAGCAAGAGCAUGCUGUCUGUGACGAUUCAUGCUCUCUCUCAAAAUUAAUGUUGAAGGAGGAUAUUGAGGCUGCACCCAGCCUGCCGAUGGGCGUUCGAAUACAAAAUGGUUCCAAGAACCGCAGAAGAAGGCAACCCAACUCGCAAAAGGUUACCCCAACCUCAACAAGGUCACCUGCCAAGGGCUCACCUCAAAAGAACAACGACGGCGUAGUCAAAUCAGAGAUCGACUUGCUAGAGCAGGAACCAGAGUUGGGCGCCAUUCCGGUGAAGAGACCUGUUGGGAGGCCAAGGAAGGCGAGGUAACUUCGAUGUCCUUGGUUGUAAAUGAUCUACUUGUGUAAACUAGGAAUGAGCCUAGCGCAGGUGAUUAGAGCACCCCUGCUACUUAGGUUUGAGUUCUGUUCGACUUGAAUUCGUGUGCCUUUCUUGGUAUUCUUUAGUACCGAUCUUAACUUAUGGGGCUUCUGAAGAACCUGGAAGGUCACAAUACAACUAGAGAAUUGCUGUAUGCAUGUGUUCAUUUUUCCCCAGAAAUAUGUGUGUUCAGUUGGUAUGUGUAAUUACUAAUUAUUAUGUAUUU